UUCCCCUCAGGUUUGUACAGAAAUACAGGAGGCAAGAUGAGACAGUCAUUCUCCACCCGCCUCCCGUCACCGUCAACGUCGCCUCCCCAUGCGAGCCACCACCCUGCCCCACAGGGCGACAAAAGGCAAAAGAACAAUGUCAGUGGUGAUGCUUGAGAAGUGUCGAGAGAACAUUCAAAAACAGUUGGACAACGUAGUGGACUUCUGGCUCAAAUAUUCUCAUGACAGAGUACAUGGAGGCUUCUUCACGUGUAUUGGAAGGGAUGGGAAUAUCUAUGAUGAGCUGAAGUAUGUCUGGCUGCAGGGUAGACAGGUGUGGAUGUAUUGUCGCUUGUACCGAACCAUGGAUCGCUUCCACAAGCCUGAAAUCCUCGAAGCAGCAGUGGCCGGAGGAGCAUUCUUGAGAAAGUUUGCUCGUGUGUCCAAUAGCAGUGGUCAGUGGAAAUGUGCCUUCUGCCUGACGAGAGAUGGUAAAGCGCUCAAAGUUCAGAGAACCAUAUUCAGUGAGUGUUUCUACAUCAUGGCUAUGGAUGAACUGAGCAAGGUAACCGGUGACAAGGAUAUGCAGCUGGAAGCUGAGCAGAUGAUGGAACAGCUGAUUUACUGGGUUCAGGUAGACCCUUCAGGCCUGGGCCGGCCCCAACUUCCUGGGGAGGUUCCCAUCAACAGUUUGUCAGUUCCCAUGAUGCUCAUGUGCCUGGUGCAACAGAUAACCGAAGGCCGUGGGCAGGAAGUGUCUCAGAAGUACAAGGAGCUGGGAAUCUGGUGUGUACAGCAGAUCCUACAGCACAUCCAGAGAGCUGGCACAGCUAUCUUAGAGAACGUGUCAGUGGAUGGAUCUGAGCUGCCGGGUUGCCAGGGCCGACUGCAGAAUCCAGGCCAUGCCUUGGAAGCAGGCUGGUUCUUGAUGCUGUAUGGUGCACAGUGGGGGGACAAGGAAAUCCAGAGAACUGCCAUCAGAAACUUUGUGGAGCUCCCUUAUCAGUAUGGCUGGGAUAAAGAACACGGUGGCCUCUUCUACUUCCUGGAUGUGGAUGGUCACUGCCCCACACAGCUAGAGUGGAGCAUGAAGCUGUGGUGGCCACACUGUGAGGCUCUCAUCGCGUUCCUCAUGGCCUACAAUCACACCAGGAAGCCUGAGCUGCUGGAGAUAUUCUCAGAAGUUUACCAGUACACUUUUAGCCAUUUUCCCGAUGCUGAGAAUGGUGAGUGGUUUGGCUAUUUGACACAAGAAGGGAAAGUAGCACUGGAUUUUAAAGGCGGUCCCUUUAAAGGGUUCUUCCACGUGCCUCGUUGCCUGUACAUGUGUGAGCGCAUUCUGGAUGACCUGCUGGAAAACAAGGACUGAAGAUUCUGACAUGAAUGCUCUGAUAAAGGGAUUGAACUUGUGCAUUACUUCGAAUCACGAAUAAUCAAAUUAUAAAGCAAAAUUGUCUGAUUCUUUGUGCAUUCAUCCUGGUUUCAGUUAAAAUCUUACCUUUGUGCGGGUUUCUAACAUACCCAAUGCUAGGAGUGGAAUAAUCAAAGAAUUAAUCAAAUUAACCUUGAGAUAUACAUUUCCAAUCAAUCAAUCAAUAUUUCAUUGAAGAACUUCAGCUUUAAUUCAAUGUUCGAAAGUAAAUUCAUGGUUCAUUUGAACCACCCGCACAUGCCCAGGUGAUGUGUAAUGGUUCAAAUCAUUAGUGGUUCCUUCCCAUCAUUCUGGUACGAGUUCAUUUUGCUUUCUUCCGUCCAACAAUGUUUUUUAGUAGCUGUACAGCAGCUAUAACCAGUGAUGUCACAGUCACAGCAGUGCAGCAACAAUACAUCACAGGCUCAAGGGGCGUCAAUAACUUUGCGCUUAUUUGCAUCAGGAACAUUUCAGCUGAAAAAUUUUCAUGACUGAUUUUCAUGACUGAUCAUGAAGAUAAUUUUUCACCACAGUUGAAGUUUGCAAAAAUGUGGUUAAGAUUUGUAUUUAACUCCCCUGUGCAAAACCCACGCUUGGUAUUAACACUUCAUAAUUUACAGAAUUUCCCACUAAGCACUCCACAGAUGUACAACAGCUGGUAGUACAUCCAUCCAUCCAAUUUUCUUCCACUCAUCCAAAUGGUAAAUGAACUGAUUCUUAUAUAGCGCUUUUCUACUCUCCCGGAGUACUCAAAGCGCUCUAUACAACAUGCCUCAUUCAUUCACCCACUCAUACAAGCACUUCUAAACUCAAGUGCAACUAAUAAGCAUUCACAC